CUUGGGACCAGGAAAAUGAGAAGCGGCUGCGCACUGCGUUGAAGGGGCUGGUUCGUUUAUAUAAGGCGAGGAAACGCGCUAGGAGUAGCAGUUGAGAACUGGCGGCGCUUGAGUAAGGGAGGAAAGUGGUGGAAGGAGGGGUGGGGUUAACUGCAAAGGAGGGGGCAGUUCGAACUUUGGGUGUGCGUGGAGGAGCCAACCUUCCCUCAUUUAGUUAACCCUUUCCUCUCCGAGGAGGAGAAACCAUCUUUAACGCGUUCGGGACUGGAGAGAGUUUUUCAUAGUUUUGAAGCUUGGGACGGAACUAUUUUUCAAGGGAUUUUUGAGGUCCAGACUGUUAAGAAAAAAGAAGAACUGUUACACACUUAGACUCUUGGCAUCGGAACUGCCUUCCGAUUUUUUCGUGCCUGAACUGUUAACCCUUGAUUGUGUGGAUUUGGACAUUUAACAUUUUUAUCACCUAGGCUGGAGUGAGAAUCCUGCUGCUUAACUCUUCAGUGGCCUUUUGUCUCUCGUAUCCUCAUUUUCUUUUUUCUUUUUUAAAUAUAAUUGUUGCGUACAAGGUGUUUCAAGGACAUACUGGCUCUGUUGCGGUGGCUCGUUCAUUAGCUGGAACUUUUUUUGCCUUUAAUCUUUUCAUAAUUUGAGAUGUGCAUCUUUUCUACAGUGUGACAAACAGGAGAAGUAGAGACUGGAGGAAAAAAAAACCGGAUGCUUCCACACUUUCCCAGAGAAGGUAACGAACAUUUAAAGACUGACCAAGACAGCUUGCCGGUCUUUUUUUUUUCUCUGCAAAGUUUAAUGUUUGUAACACUCUAGAAAUUUAAGAAAGAGCAAGAAAAGCUUCCAGAUUAAUACUCCUGAUAACUAUUAAGCAGUAAGAGUUCUGUAAAGGCUUGCAAGUUGGGCUGAAGUGUUAAAAAAAGUAUUUGCUUUCUCAGAGCCCCAUCACCAUCCAGCAAGGCACUGUAGGCUCAUUAAAUUCUCCCUCCUUCAAGAGAAGAGGGAGUCAAUACCUCGGACUUACUAGCCAAUAAUCUCCUUCUGGGCUGAGGAAAUUGCUAAAAGCACCAACUAUGGCUGAUGCUGCCUUCUCUGCCAAUCUGAGGCAACAGCCUAAUGGCAAAACACCUUUCCCUCCUCCCUGCAGGGGUGCAGGUGGAGGAGACUCUGGCGGAGGGGGACCUUUUGUUGGAUCUCCAACCACUAACCAGGAACUGCUCCAAGGAAGAGAGGUUAUCGAUAAGUGGCAACUCAGUGAGGUGGCUAAGCAGCAGGAUGGCAGGCCAGUCAGUGCUGAUGUUGCCUUCCCUGAUACAGAACUCACAGUUCCUGUGGUUGGAGGAAGCCAAAGUCUGGUUCCCCCAGGAAUUAAUCAGAUUGAGGACCAGACAUUUGGUGCAGCUGCAGAUACCCAAGAUGCAGGAGAUGGAGAGCAAUCAGACCUACAGGAGCAGGAAUACUGUGGGACUUUUGACCAGAGUUGCAGAUCCCAGUCUGGUGGAGAAGAAGAAAAACAGCUGGGCAAAAAGAAACAUAGGAGGCGCCCUUCAAAGAAGAAGAAACAUUGGAAGCCUUAUUACAAACUCAGCUGGGAAGAGAAGAAGAAGUUUGAUGAGAAGCAGAGUCAACGGGCUUCCAGGAUGCGGGCAGAGAUGUUUGCUAAAGGACAGCCUGUUGCACCAUACAACACCACACAGUUUUUAAUGGAGGAUCAUGAUCAAGAAGAACCAGAUUUGAAGACAAGCCUUUGCCCCAAAAGAUCUGCCACCAAGUCAGAUGAAACCAGUGAAGAAGACUUUGUGGAAGAGGAGGAUGGGGGUAGUGAUGGGAUGGGAGGGGAUGGUACUGAAUUCCUUCAGAAAGAUUUUUCAGAGACAUACGAGAGAUAUCAUGUAGAGAGUCUACAGAAUAUGAGCAAACAGGAAUUGAUCAAGGAAUAUUUGGAGUUGGAGAAAUGUCUUUCCAAGAUGGAGGAGGAGAACAACCGCUUACAGAUGGAGAACAAGAAAUUUGCAGGGGACUUCACAGAGGACCCCAGGGUAAGUCAGUUAGAAGAGGAACUGGAUAGGUUGAGAGCUGAGAACCAGAAACUCUUGAAAGAAAAGGAACUUGGCAGAGAACAAGAGAACAAUUUCUCUAAACUGGGAGAAUGAAACUGAACAUUUUCUGAGAACAUAAGUGGAAUUGGACAGAAACCAUCCCAAGAUGCUGUAUUCAUAUUGUGGGGAGUACAUGUGUGUAUGUGUGUGUACACCCACCCACACUCUCUCUCACACACACACACAGGACUUUAUGUGAUCUAAUCAGAAUAAAUUCACAAUCUUACACUGUU